AUGGAGAAUACAGGAGGAAGAGUCUUUGGUGGGAAGCGGAGCAGCUUACCGGGGCCCCAUCGUCUCCCAGUGCUGCAGAAGCUGGUGGAGUCUCGUGCCCAACUGCAGGAGGAGAAGUUGCAGCUGCAGCAACAGUUGCUGCUGCUGCAGGAAAAACUCGCUGGGCGAGAGAGCGGCCCCCUCUCUCCGGCUGUGCCGCUGCAGAACAAGCCAGAAAGCCUGAAGGACAGACUCCCAAAGCCAGCUCAGGAGAUGAACAGGCUUCAUUCUACGUUGGGUGGGACAGACUUGGAGAAGCACAGGGAUCUCUUGGUGGCAGAAAACGCGCACUUGAAGCAGGAGUUAAAGCUGCGUGAGGCCCAGCUGCAGGAGCUGAGGAGGAGGCAUCCGGUCAGGUGCACCAACUGCGCACACAGCCAGGAGAACGUAAAGUUGCAGGAGAAGCUGGCCCAAGUGAAGCAGGAGGCAGAAGAAGCGAAAGGACGCCUUUCAGAGUUGGACCUGGAGGUGGAGCAGAAGACCAACCGUCUGGCAGAGGUAGAACUGCGGCUGAAGGACUCCUUGGCCGAGAGGGCUGAGGAGGAGGAGCGGCUGAGCCGGAGAUUGCGGGACAGCCAGGAAGUGAUAGCCAGCCUCAAGGCCCAGCCUCAUCAGGUCAAGUAUGUCAUCAAAACGAUGGAAGUUGAAUCCUCCAAGACCAAGCAGACCCUCAGCGAAGCCCAGUCGCGGAACCAGUACUUACAGGACCAGGUGGGGAUGCAAAGGGAGGUGCUGAAGGAGAUGGAGCAGCAGCUACAGAGCUCCCAGAAGGCGGCGGCUCAGCUCAGGGCCCAGGUGACGGUGUAUGAAUCCGAGCUAGAGCAGUCCCGGGAGCAGAUGGUGGAGGAAAUGCAGAACAUGGAGGAGGACAAGAAUCGAGCCAUUCAGGAAGCUUUUGCUCGAGCACAACUAGAAAUGAAAGCUGUUCAUGAAAAUCUGGCAGGCGUGAGGGCCAAUCUGCUCACGCUCCAGCCAGCGCUUCGUACUCUCACUAGUGACUACAACAGCUUGAAGCGCCAGGUCAGAGAGUUCCCUCUUCUGCUGCAAGAGGCUUUGCAGAGCACCAGGGCUGAGAUUGGGCAAGCCAUUGAAGAAGUGAGCAGCACCAAUCGGGAGCUGCUGAGAAAAUACCGAAAGGAGCUGCAACUCCGGAAGAAAUGUCACAAUGAGCUGGUGCGAUUGAAAGGUAACAUCCGAGUGUUUGGCCGUGUUAGGACAAUACAAAUAGAGGAUGGUGAAGGGCCAGAAGCCGUGAAUGCAGUGACCUUUGACCCUGAUGAUGAUGCCAUCCUACAUCUGAUGCACAAAGGGAAGCUGGUAUCUUUUGAACUGGACAAAGUCUUCAAAGAAGUUCAGGCGCUGAUCACAUCAUGCAUCGAUGGUUACAACGUUUGUAUUUUUGCCUAUGGACAAACUGGUGCUGGCAAGACUUACACCAUGGAGGGCAGCCUGGAUAACCCCGGGAUCAACCAGCGGGCUCUGCGGCUUCUCUUCUCCGAGGUGCAGUCCAAGGCUCCCGACUGGAAUUACAGCAUCACCGUCAGUGUGGCUGAAAUCUACAAUGAGGCUCUCAGAGACCUGCUUGGGAAGGAGCCCCAGGAGAAGCUGGAGAUCAGACUCUGCCCAGAUGGCAGCGGGCAGCUUUAUGUUCCAGGCUUGACCGAGUUCCCUGUUCACAGCGUUGAAGACAUCAACCAAGUCUUUGAGUUUGGUCACAUCAACCGAGCAACGGAGUGCACCUACCUGAAUGAACACAGCUCCAGAUCUCAUGCCCUCCUCAUGAUCACCGUGAGGGGAACCGACUGCAGCACGGGAAUAAGAACCACAGGGAAGCUGAAUUUAGUAGACCUGGCAGGAUCUGAGCGUGUGGGUAGAUCUGGUGCAGAAGGGAGCCGGUUGCGUGAGGCUCAAUACAUCAACAAGUCACUUUCGGCUUUGGGAGACGUGAUUUAUGCGCUGCGUUCCCGCCAGUCCCACGUGCCGUUUCGCAACUCCAAGCUGACGUAUCUCCUCCAGGAUUCUCUCAGUGGUGAAAGCAAGACCCUCAUGAUGGUCCAGGUUUCUCCGGUUGAGAAGAAUACGAGCGAGACGCUCUGCUCCCUCAAGUUUGCCGAGAGAGUUCGCUCCGUGGAACUGGGCCCUGGCACCCGGAGGGCAGAACUGGGCUCCUGGACCAGCCAGGAGCACUUAGAGCCACAGCUCUGUUUUCCUGUGGCUGCUUGUCUCCAGGUGGAGCCCUCUGCCGCCCUGCAGCCCUGCAUCCGGACCCAGCCUUCUCCUCGGACGGGCCGAUCAAGCUCACUUCGGGCAAAGCUCCAGAGCGCAGGGAAACCGAGGCCAAUUCCUGUAUGAAAACUGGUUGAGGUCAGGAAAAGCCCUUUUUGAAGAGGACUUUGGGAAACCAUGCUGGCUUCUCUAAAACUGCAUCCUAGGCUGGGCCUACAGCACAGAUGCCCAAGGGUUUAGAUCAGUCAUCCCCGUCCACUGCUGGCGGUGGGGCCGGGCGCUUGGAACCAUACGGACUUCAGGAAAGGGUCAUUUCCUGAUUGACAACUUUUUAAACACAUUUCUUUUUAAAAAGAGCAGAGGCUGUGAACACACUUUGCUCUUAUGUACCCUUUC